AUGGAGCCCUCUCGCGGCUUCAGCUCGUCGAGACAAGACGUACCGCUCAGUGUCCGGCUGCACGGAGAUAAUCCGUCGCCUCUGCCGCACGACGCGAUCCAGCACGAAUCUCUGUCGACGGCAGACGAGGAUCAACGAAUACCUCGGAUUCGGAUCAACGAAGGCCAGUACGACGCCAACAGACCGUUUCGCCACGAGGUGCACAGUCAGGCAUCCGACUUGGAUAGCCCAAUCUAUGCAGCCGGAGAACAAGACGAUAUGGUUCACUUGACGAGCCAGAAUACUGUGUGGAGACGCUCUGCGCCGUACGAGCGAGAUCUCGAGCGGAGACGGGUGAGCAGAGGCGUCGGAAGAGAGCAACGCUCUGGUACGCUCAAAGCAAUGAGCAGAAGCAUUCGUAGGGCCAGUGUACGCGUCGUCAACUUUGCCAGUGCCAACCUGGACGACGGCCCAAUCCUGUUGCCAGACGUCGACGAGCAGCCCGAACCAGAAACAAGACCAGAGCCAGAACUUAUACUGAGAGGAAAGACGUUGGGCAUCUUUGGCCCUCGGAAUCCGCUCAGACUCGCCAUGCACAAGCUUCUGUCCUCGACUUAUACAGAAGCGUGUAUCCUCUUACUUAUUAUCGUCAAUGCGGUAAUCCUGGCGAUCCAGUCUAUUCGCCACGUACUCUUACAGAUCCCAGACGGUGCCGGCUACUUUCAAUCCUGGGAAGAUGUGGUGAUACUCGGUCUCUUUAUCGCAUACACCAUCGAGGCGCUAUGCAGAAUCGUCGUCUCCGGGUUGUUGGUCGACCCCGAGAUCCCCUUCAGCAGUCUAAGAAUACCACUCAGCGGGUUGACAAGACAAGGCAGUAUGAGAACCAAGUUCUCCAGUUUGAAGCCACGGUUCAUGCAUAAUCCAUCCAACACGAGACCCACCAGGCCAUCCCCAUCCCCGGUCGCUGGACAACAAACAGACCCUCAGCGCUGGCCAGAGAAGCAGUCGUCUGGCUUUUCAUCCGGGAGUCAAACACGUAUGAUGUCGAACAACAUGUCGGGACCUAACUCGAACGCAAGUAGCCGGAUUGCUCUGCACCUACGCUCGCAAGAUUUGCCCUUUCGCGCGGCGGUCACCAAGCAGUUGGAUAUCACUUCAACAUCCCGACCGUAUUUGCGACACUCGUGGAACAGAGUUGACGCUGUGGCGAUCGUCUCUUUCUGGAUCAGCUCUGAGCGUCCUUCGAACUACGCGCUUGCUCGCGAUCACGAGUGGCACGACGACCAUUAUGACUCGCUUAAGAAGGCGGCGCCUCAGCUUGUCAAUGUCGCGUUCUUCGUACUCUUUGCUGUCGUAUUGUUCUCUAUCAUUGGCGUUCAAUCUUUCAAAGGCAGUUUUCGUAGAUCCUGCGUUGUCGUUGAAAACGGACAACAGACGAUCAUACUGGAGCAACAGUGCGGUGGGCAUAUUGAUCCAGAUUCACUCGCGACAGUUGGGUAUACCACAAGGAACAAUCAGCCAACAACAAGUCCAAAGGGAUUCAUCUGUCCAUUGGGGCAAGUUUGUCAGGAGGCAUCCACGAACCCAAAGAACAAUGCCUCUCAGUUUGACAACAUCUUUGGAGCCGCCCUCCAGAUCAUCAUUGUCGCGUCUGCAAAUGGAUGGUCAAGCAAUAUGUAUUCGAUGAUGUCGGCCGACUUUUUCAUCUCGUGCAUGUUCUUCAUCCUUUGUCUGGUCGUAAUGAACUUUUGGCUUCUCAACUUGUUCGUCGCCGUCAUCACCCAGAGUUUCGGUGCGACUCGCGCGGAGACGAAAAGGAGUGCCUUUGGAGCAGAAGGUGAUAUCGUUCCCUUGUUUGAGGGCAAAGAAAGCGAUUGGGAUGCGGUGGACGACCAUAGACGACAUCGGUCGAGCGUCCUUCAGCGUUUAUACAACUUUGCAUCCCCGGCUUUCGCCCUUCUCGCCCUUGCGAGUCUUGUCCUUCAAGCUUCGGUAACUACGUCGACGCCAGAGAAUAUCGUGCAUAUUCUGUUUCUUUGCGAAGUCGGUAUCACCAUUGCAUUCGGAAUCGAAAUCGUCUGGCGUAUCCUAGCGACAUUGCCCCUCUGGCGCACGUUCUUCUCCACAAAGCAGAAUAUUGCCGACCUCUUUCUGGCGAUUGCAUGCGGCAUUAUUCUGAUCCCGCCGAUCCCCAAAACGCCAGCUUAUUCAUGGUUGACAGCUUUCCAACUCAUGCGAUUCUAUCGUGUCAUCAUGUUCAUUCCUGGCAUGAGGAGACUUCUGUUCCAAGUAUUUGGCAACCUGCACGGUCUUCUCAACAUGACAAUCUUUCUGAUGCUCGCCAACUUUUUGGCAGCCUUGUUUGCUGUCCAGCUCUUUCGUGGUGACGUUCCCUCCAGCUUCAACAUGAACUUUCAAGGCAUGACCACAUCCUUCCUGGCCAUGUAUCAGGUUUUCACCUCGGAAAAUUGGACCGACAUUAUGUGGGAAGUCAGUGAUGCUGAGGCUCCUUACAAGCAGCAAGUCAUUGCGAUCCUGUUUAUUGUUAUGUGGUUCUUCUUUGCUAAUUUCAUUAUGCUGCAAAUGUUCAUUGCGGUGAUUAAUGAGAACUUUGAAGUAGCCGAGGAACAAAAGCGAGCCCAGCAGGUGCAUGCCUACAUCCGCCAGGCAGAGCCCACGGCCACCACCAUCAAUUGGAUAGAGCGCCUCAAUCCUUAUCGCAAGAUGAAAGCGAACCCCAAGGCGAUCAAUGUGGACGCGUUGCCAGACAACCUAGUGCUUCCUAUGAAGAAGUCCAUUGUGCGCGAGUAUAGAGCGCCGGGCGAGUCCAAUACCGCCACGACCACCCGUGGUAUCUCUGAUACGGCCGUAAUUCAAGGCCCACUGGGAACCAUGAGAAAAUGGAUGGGAAUGGAUGACAAUAAUUUCGAGCACGUUCCCCUCUCUACGCUCAACAAAGCCGGCCGUCCAGUAUCUUCCGCCCCACGCGACACGUUGGAGCUUGACGAAACCGAGCGACACCUUGAGGCUAUCAAUGCCGGCUAUCACGAUUCAAGGGCAGAGGACAAUCAAAACGAACGUCUCGAGCGUCGUGCCCGUCAGGCAGACUUUAUUAGCGAUCAUCCAUCCUACGACAAAACGCUUUGGAUCUUUACGCAAACUAACCCGAUCCGACGUUUCUGCCAGCGGCUUGUUCCUCCCUCUAAUGGUGACUACGAAGAACGCAUCAACGGUCUACCGCCUUCCCCAUGGCUCGAGUUUGGCUUUCGUGCGCUCAUGCUGGUGACGGUGAUUGCCGGUAUAGUGAUUGCUGCUCAAGCGGGGCCUUUAUACCGGCGAGAGUACUUUCGACGCUAUGGUCCAGAAGCCACAGCUUGGUUUGACAUUGCCGAGGCUGCCUUCACAUUUCUCCUCGUGAUCGAAUUCGCCGUCAAAGUCAUCGCAGACGGUUUUAUUUUCACCCCAAACGCAUAUCUUCUCAACAUCUGGAACAUCCUCGACCUAAUUAUUCUUAUUGCUAUUCUCAUCAAUGUUUUCACUUCGCUACUUAUCCUGGGUGGUCUCUCUCGAGGGACCAGAGCUCUCAAGGCGUUUCGCGCGCUCCGACUUAUCACGCUGAUCGGUUGGAUGAGAGAAACUUUCCACUCUGUCAUCUUUGCUGGUGCACGUCGUAUCAUCGAUGCGGCGGUGCUCGCCAUCCUGUACAUGAUCCCGUACGCUGUUUGGGGUCUCAAUAUCUUUGCCGGGCGCAUGUUUGCGUGCAACGACGAAGGAGCGCUCGGAAAGGACGACUGUCAGAACGAAUAUAUGGCAUCGCCCGUUGACAACUCUUUGACCUUUUUGGCACCACGGGUCUGGGAUAACCCAUCGCCAUCGACGAGCUUUUCCUUUGACUCCUUUGGGCAGUCCUUCCUGAUCCUUUUUGAGAUUGUCUCAUUAGAGGGCUGGAUAGAUGUUCUCAAAGCGGCUUUAGGGAUCACCGGAAUCGAUCAGCAACCGCAGAUCAAUUCCUCGCGAAUCAAUGCGCUGUUCUUCGUCCUCUACAACCUACUUGGAGCCGUCGUCAUUUUGACGCUAUUUGUCUCGAUCAUCAUUAGCAACUUUAGCUCUCGCUCGGGAAUGGCGCUGUUGACAGCCGAGCAGCGCCAGUGGAUAGAUUUGAAGAAGCUUAUCAGUCGACAAAAGCCGUCAAAGAGGCCCAGCACGCGGCCUACCACUGGUUUCAAGUCGUGGUGCUUUGACCGGGCGGUGCAGAAGCGGGGAUGGUGGUCCCGGACCAUGACUGUCCUAUACUGCGUACAGAUUGCCAUUCUCAUGUCGCAGACAUUUACGGACAGCGCUCUUGCUGAUCGUGUCAGAGAUCUCAUUUUUCUCGGGUUGGCCGUAUGCUUCCUCAUGGAUCCCCUUGUCAAGUUUAUCGGAUUGGGUUGGGCGAGUUUCCGCGCGAAUGGAUGGAACAUCUUUGACGUUGUCGUUGUCAUGGGUUCUAUUGCCACUACUCUGACUAUUCUCUUGGGCGUUGGAGGUUUUGCCAUACGGCAAUCGCAAAAGCUCUUCCUCGUCUGUGUCGCCUUCAAGCUCAUGCAAAAGCUUGACGGGUUGAACCAACUGUUCAAGACUGCCGUGUCGAGUUUGGGCGUCAUUACCAAGCUGUUUGGACUUUGGCUAUCACUCUUCCUGUUCUUUGGCAUACUCUGGCUCGAGGUCUUUGCGUUGACCCGCUGGGGAAGCGGUGAGAAUGACAAUCAAAACUAUCAGUCUCUCAGUCGUACAUUGGUGAUGAUGGCAUUCAUGAGUACUGGUGAACAAUGGAAUCAGUAUAUGCACGAUUAUGCCGUAUCGUAUCCACGUUGCACAAACUCUAGCUCGUCGCUCGCGGAAUCCGACUGCGGAAGCUGGGCCUGGUCGAUCACACUGUUCAUUGCCUGGAACGUUGUGAGCAUGUACAUCUUCGUGAACAUGUUUACUGGUGUGGUCGUCGAGAACUUUUCCUACAUCUAUCAGCAAAAACGGAAUCAAACGCUGAACAGAGAAGAAAUGCGAGCAUUCAAAAAGGUUUGGGCAAUGUUUGACCAGUCGAGUAGUGGCUAUUUGAGCCGAGAAAAAAUUGUCCCAUUCCUUGCAAAACUGUCGGGAGUGUUCGAGGUCCGUAUCUACUCGACGCAGCAUCAGUUUGGCACGCUGUUUGAAGCCUCGCGCGCAUCACCCGCGGAUCCAUUCAUUCCUGGCACACAAGUCGGUGGCCUCGACCUACGAAAGCUCGCUUCCAACUUGCAGACGUUGGACCAGGAGGAGACACGACGGCGGCGGAAGAUUUACAACCGACUCUUUUGGGAAGCACGGCUUCUGGCUCAGGAGGACCCAAAGGGUGUCUCAUUUCAACGAAUGCUUCUACUUCUCUCACACCACAAGCUUAUUGACGACCACAAGGCGUUAAAAGUCGAUGAAAUGAUCCGUCGACGUGCCAUUACCGAACAAGUGGAUGACCGCGUCAACUUUGACAAGGUACGGAGUCUGCUAAGGAUGAUCUAUCACCGGAAGCGGUUCUUGCACUACCUUGAAAAGAAGAAAAAGCGACAGAAUAGCGACGUGCCGGAGAUUGUGGUCGCAGAGGUCGCGUCGCCACCAAUGCGGACUUGGGACAUUACACGGGCUCACUUGCACAACGAUUCGUUUGGGACGGUGGACCUGGAUUCUCCAAACCCGACGCGGACAACGUUUACGAACACGUCGGGAAUGUUGCCGAGCGGUGCGUCUCCGUCGUCGCCCAGUUCGCCGUAUCCAAAUGUGUGGAGCGACCCGGCUUCGCCUACGAUGCGGCCACAUAAUCCGCAUAGACAGAGUGAUAUGAGUGUUUUGUCGCAAGGGAGCGGGAUGCUUCACUCGCACUCGGCUGGCUCGCCGCGGCGUGAGAGCACAACCGCAGAGGAUCCGAAUGCAAUCCUGCGGUCGCUGAACGCGUCUUCAUGGGGAGACAUGAUGCUGGAAGAUGAAGAUGAGACUCGCAAAUAA